GUUUGAACGUCGUUUAAGCAGAAGCUAACACGAAAUAUUUUAAGGUUAUGUGCAUUGUCUUCUUGAUAUAGAAUAUACAAAAAAACAAGUAUUAUGGCAUAUUACAAUAUUUUAUCAUCAUCUGACGACGAUGAAGAUAUAAUCCGAAGACCCAAAAGAUUUAAACAACGCAUGAACUAUUUUGACGAUUUGGACGAUAUCGAAUUUAAAAUGAGAUUUCGCCUAAACAAAAACAGCGUUCUUCUAAUAUUAAACCACAUAGAAGAAGUAUUAAUAUUUCGAUCAAACAGAAAUAAUCCUAUAUCUCCAAUGCAGCAACUUCUCUUAACAUUAAGAUUUUAUGCAACAGGAUCUUUUAUAAUAUCUGCAGGUGAUUUUGCUGGAGUAAGCACUACUAGUGCCCACAGAAUUAUUCAUCGUGUUACGAACGCAAUU